GUCUACUUGAAACAAGUUGAGCUAGAUGACGAAAUGCUGGUUGCCGGAGUUGCCCAGCCCUUUCCGCAGGUCAAUGCUUGGAAGGCAGCUUAUGAAAAGCUGAACGACGCCUUGGACCAAGCAAUUGAAGUGAUGGCUGCGGAGUAUUUCUACUCUGCCCCGAUGCGGCGACAGACCGCGGUGAGUGACGGGCUAGAGUAG